CCUCACCUAACUCGUCCUAACUGGUGUUUUCCUCCCUUGAGGGGGUCGGCCACAGACCUGGUGGUGCCAUUCUGUCCCACGCCAUGGCGCUCGAGUCUGCAGGGUUGUGCGGUGGCUAGUCCCGAAUUCUGUGGCAAGAAACGAAGACGGAGCUGUAAGUGUCAGUUGACCCAGUCCAUUGAUGAUCAGAUACUCGACCGCAUCAACGCCCGAUCCCGGUCGAAUAAAAAUGCAGCCACAUGGGGAGAUUUCUAAGAAACGAGCCAGCCCGCGUCUUGUCGACCAGUUUGCACAACUCGGCUCGGCUUUAAAGAUCUCUAUAUCUUAUAUCUGGCGGCAAAGCGCCCGCUCUCCGUGUCUGACGCUACCUAAUCAACAUCCUUAGCCGUCUUUGCCUUCUCCCUCAUCUUCCAAAAUGGCUCCCAAUGUCUUUGCAGUCCCUGUCCUCCUCGUGGUCUUUCGAGAGACCCUCGAGGCCGUGGUGGUCGUCGCCGUCCUGCUUGCCUUUUUGAAGCAGACGCUCGGUCACUCGGAAGCGACCAAGGCCUCCUACAGAUCAAUGGUCAAACAGGUCUGGCUCGGAGCGGGACUUGGAUUCCUCCUUUGCUUGAUCAUCGGUGGCGCGACCAUUGGAGCUUUCUACAACCUUGGCAAGAAUGUCUGGACCAAGUUUGAAUACUACUACGAAGGCGUCUUCUACCUCAUUGCUGCCCUGAUCAUCACUGUCGUUGGCAUUGCCUUUCUUCGGAUUGGAAAGAUGCAGAAGAAGUGGCAGCGCAAGAUCAGCGCCGCCCUGAACGCUCCCGUCAAGAGAGACAGCGCCAGGAACUGCUGCGGGUCCUUCUCGGGCAAGUAUGCCGUCUUUGCACUAUCCUUCAUCACUAUCGCUCGUGAAGGCAUCGAAGGCAUCGUCUUCGUUGCCGGCGUUUCUUUCUCCUCCCCCGCCAGCUCUGUACCACUCCCCGUGUUCGUGGGCUUGAUUGCCGGAUCUAUCGUUGGAUGGAUGCUCUACAAGGGCUCUUCGUUGGCAAAGCUCCAAUACUUCCUCGUUGCCUCAACUUGUCUGCUUUAUCUCGUAGCCGCCGGCCUCGUCGCCCGUUCAGUUUCGUACUUUGAACAGGCUCACUGGAACAAGAUGGUGGGUGCGGAUGUGGCUGAAUUGGGUGCUGGGCCGGGAUCCUACGAUAUUGACCGCAGCGUCUGUCAUGUCAACUGCUGCAGCCCUGAUUAUCAAGGCGGGUAUGGCUGGGGUGUCUUCAACGGUAUCCUCGGAUGGACAAACUCGGCCACUUACAGCACAGUCCUCUCUUACAAUAUCUACUGGAUCUUUCUGAGUAGCUUUUUGAUCAUGUCACGGUUCCGCGAGGUCAAGGGUCGUUGGCCCCUCAUGAAGCGCAAGAAGUCGACGAGCGAGGACCUGGAUGAGAUUGACUCGAACCCUGGUGCGAGGUCGGUCGAGAACCCGACUAUCAAGGUGUGAGGACCGAGGACCUCCGUAGUACAGAGACGCAACCCGCCAAGACCACACAUAUGUCAUGUACAGAACGAUGUCGUUGCGGAGGAGAUGUUAGGAGAAAUUGCAGUUUCAUAGUAUACGCAAUUACCGUAGAUGCAAUCGAGGUUGGAC